AUGCCAACUUCAACUAUCACACAACAAACUGCACCUAUUUUCGAUGGCUCUAACUAUCCUGUUUGGGCCAUUAGAAUGAAAGCAUUCCUAAGAGGUGUCAAUCUAUGGAAUGCAAUUGAAAAUGAGACAGAAGUACCAGCAUUGAGAGAUAAUGCCAUGCCAACACAAGUGAAGCAAUAUGAAAAGGAUAUAGCAAAGAAAUUCAGAGCUUUAUCCUUUAUACACUCAACUGUUAUGCAGUCAAUUUUUAACCAGAUUAUGGGAUGUGAGACAGCAAAACAAGCUUAUGUGUGGGAAUUCAUUGAUGCUAUGAUGAAGUUGGUGAAUCAAAUUCGACUGUUGGGAGAGACUUUAUCAGAUGCUAGGGUUGUGGAGAAAGUUCUUAUAAGCUUACCUAAAAGGGCUGCUAGGAAGAAUGAAAAGACUGAUAUUGCCUUUACUGUUGGAAUGAAAGGUAAGGAACAUGCAAAAGCUUUAACCAAGAAAAAUGUGAGUGAAAUUAAGGAUAAGGAGAAAGGAAGCACUCAAGGUAGAAAAGUUCAAAACAAAAUGACUAGAUUCCCUGUUUGUCCUCAUUGCAAGAAGAGGAGUCACACUAAGGCAUAUGCUGGUUCAGGCCUGAUCAACAUGACUGAUGAUGCACAAUGGCUAUUGGACAGCGGUAGUUCAAACCAUGUGACACCAAAUUCUUCGUUAUUCACUCAACUUGAUACUCAUUAUCAAUCCAGAGUAAGAAUUGGAAAUGGUGUGUCCUUGAAUGUUGUUGGGAAAGGUACAGUUGGCAUCCAGACUCCAUCUGGUUAG